AUGCACAUUUCAACGACGAUCUGGAUGCUCGCUGCCUGUCUGGGGACUGUGAUCAACGCUUCUGAUGUACUAGAAGUGAAUCUGGUUUUUCCGCGCAAUGAAACAUAUGGGCCCAACGAAACGUUCCCUAUUGUCUUUGCGUUCAAGAAUUCCGAGCGCGUGAGACACCUAAACCCCUUAAUCAGUUACAGUUUAAGGGACGAGGAUGGCGGCAAAGUCUACACCAUGUGGCAUGAACUCUACUGGGUAAACUGGACAGACCAGGAAACCUAUUUUGCCCACAGAUUCGCCGACUCCGGAUCCUUGAAUACCGAGGGUCUUGCAACGUGGAAUCCCCCCGAUUACGGCAACGAGGUGAUCAGAAACACCACUACUAAGAGAACCAUGUUCACUAUCAGCAACUCCGCCCCAAAGCUGGACCCCGUUGCUGCUACGGCCAACAAGACAUGUACCGGGCAACCAGGCGUUGCGAUCAAUGUGACCGACAAAACCAAGUUCAUCAGCAGCGCACUUUGGGAGGGCGGUAAAUACACCAACCAUACAUGCGCCGUUGUGGCAGCCUCCCCGACUCCUUCAACGAAUCCCUGUCGGACUCAAAUUGACAAGACCACUCUCGCCAGCAUGGAGGCCUCUAGAUUGGCCAGGUACUGCGAUCUUUAUCUUAACGAGCCAGCCGAGUGCCCGGAUAAGAAGAGUGCCGCACAACCAUUGGCGGUGGCGGGUCUCUCCUGCUUGCUAGUCCUUACUGGGGCGUUGGGCUUCUUUCUUGUGUGA